GCGGGCCGAGGCUCACCCCGGAAGCGCGGGCUCAUGCCCCAGGCCGCGCCCGAGCUCACCCGGCGGAGGCAGGUACCCGAGCUCAGUCCGGCAAGGGCGGGCUCUGAGCCCCGAACCCGCGCCAGGUCAAGCCUCUGCCCCGAUGUGCCCUCACGUGCGUGCGGGUGGCGGGCUCCAGCAGCCCCGCGCACCCGGAAUGGGCAGAGCGGCCGGCGCAACCCCUGGCCUUCCGCGCUUCCGCCCCGUCCUGGGCUGUCUGAAGAUGGAGGCUGCUCAGGCCCAACUGUAGUCAGGAAGAGUGCCUGCCCAGGAUGCAGGGAGCCGCGGCCCCCAGAGGCCAGGGCCAGUCCCUCAGCAAGAUGGACACUCUGGGUCGACCCUGGGUCAUUCUGCUCACCUACGUGCUGGCUGCUCUGGAGCUUACCUGCCUCUUCAUGCAGUUCUCCAUCCUGCCAGUUCGCAGACCAGCACGGGGCGCGCGCGGCGCUCUCGCUGUCCUUCGUGGCGGGCUCGGCGCUCUACCUGCUCCUGGCGACCGCCUGCAGCCCGGCCCUGCCCGGCCCCUUCCUGCUCUUCGCCUCCCGCCUGCCUGGAGCCCUCAUGCACACGCUGCCAGCCGCCCAGAUGGUCAUCACCGACCUGACCGCGCCGGCUGAACGGCCCGCGGCUCUGGGCCGCCUAGGGCUCUGCUUCGGUGUCGGCGUCAUCCUGGGCUCCCUGCUCGGCGGGACCCUGAACACCGAGUGCGGGAUUCACUGUCCAGCCAUCGUGGCGCUUGUGGCCAACCUCCUGGGAGCCAUCCUCAGUGUCACCUGCAUCCCCGCCAGUACCAAAGGGGCCCCUGUUGAUGCCCAGGCCACCCCACCAGCCAGGCCAGGGCCUCCCGCCUCUGAGCAGCGGCCUGCCUGGACAGGGGAACCCAAGGCCAGCGUGUUCGACCUGCGGGCCAUCACCCGCCUGCUGCUGCUGCCCGGCGUCUUGCCGGUGUUCCUCAUCAAGGUGGUCUCUGGCUUCCCCUCAGGGCUCUUCAUGGUCAUGUUCUCCAUCAUCUCCAUGGACUUCUUCCAGCUGGAGCCUUCCCAGGCUGGCUACCUCAUGUCCUUCUUCGGGGUCCUGCAGAUGGUGGUCCAGGGCCUGGUCAUCGGGCGGCUGAGCAGCCACUUCUCUGAGGAAGCCCUGCUCCGGGCCGGCGUGCUGGUCUUCAUGGUGGUGGGACUGGGCAUGGCAUUGAUGUCCACUGUCCUCCACUUCUGCCUCCUGGUGCCCGGCCUGGUGUUCAGCCUCUGCACCCUCCACGUGGUCACUGACAGCAUGCUGACCAAGGCCGUCUCAGCCUCAGACACGGCCCUACAGCAGGCCCUGCUGACCAUCCCAGGGCCAAGCUGGGGGCGUGGGAGGUGGCUUGACCCUUCCCGGCACCGACACGUGGGCAGGAUUUCACUAAAGGAGAACAGAUGGCUGGCAUUCCAAGAAGCAGCAUGCUGAGCGAAGGGACCAUGCUGGGCCUCUGUGCCUCUGUGCAGCCGCUGACCCGCACGCUGGGGCCCACCCUGGGCGGCCUCCUGUACCGCAGCUUCGGAGUCCCUGUCUUUGGCCAGGUGCAGUUUGCUGUCAACUUCUUCCUCUUCCUGGUCCUCUGGAGGAAGCCCAUGUCACAGAAAAGGGACAAAGCCUGGUGACCACCACCCCUGGCAAUAAACUUCCCUGGAACCUC